GAGCUCAAAAAAAAAUAAUAUAUAAAAACCCCAUUCGGCGGAUAAAAAAGCAAAAGGAAGCAGACGAUUAAAGCAAUCUCACUCUCACUCUCUCUCUCUCUCUCUCUCUCUCUCUCAUAUAUACAUAUAUCAUGUGUGUAUAUAUACACUAUAUAUGUGUGCGCAUAUAUAGAUAUAUAUUGAAUUGAAACAUAUAGAAACAAAAGUGCAAAAAAUCAUAUCCGCAAAUUUCUAAAGGAAUUCAUCGUCUCCUUUUUCUUUCUGCCUCUAGAUUCGUGAUUUUCAACAACAACAACAACUUCACCUGAUUGUUCGUCCAAAAGUUCAACAAUUACUGUCCUGAUUUCAGAUUGCAGACGAGAAGGGGGCUGGUGGAAUAACUUUCCACUAGUUCUCUCUGUAUAAUUCAAUAUGAUGGUGUCGAAACUUGAAGCCGGGAUUGAUGCAAAUGCGACAAACAAUAGUAAGCGGUAUGCCGAGAUCUUGGCGGGUCCUUGGUGGGCCCAGUUUCGAUAUGGGUCCAACCCGUGGAUGGCCCGAUAUGUGUAUAGUGUCAUGUUUUUGUUGGCUAACUUGCUUGCGUGGGCUGUACGUGAUUAUGGCCCGACUGCAUUGACAACAAUGAAUAAAUUACAAAGUUGUGAAGGAGGUGAAGAGUGUUUAGGCACGGAAGGAGUUCUGAGAGUGAGCAUGGGAUGCUUCAUAUUCUAUUUCACAAUGUUUCUUUCAACUAGUGGCACCUCAAAGUUGCAUGGACAGAAAGAAUUGUGGCAUUCGGGUUGGUGGUCUGCGAAGAUCGGCUUGAUGAUCAUGUUAAUCGUGCUACCCUUCUUUCUUCCUAGAGAAAUUAUUCUUAUAUAUGGAUCCAUUGCUCAUUUUGGUGCAGGGGUAUUUUUGCUAAUUCAACUAAUCAGCAUAAUCAGCUUCAUUACAUGGCUAAAUGAUUGCUGCUUAUCGGAAAAAUUCGCAGAAAGAUGUCAUAUCCAUUUCAUGCUGCUUGCAACUACUGCGUACGUUGUGUGCAUACUCGGGAUCAUUUUAAUGUACAUUUGGUACACACCACAACCGACUUGUUUGCUUAACAUUUUCUUUAUUACGUGGACACUUGUACUACUCCAACUUAUGACCAGUGUUUCUCUUCACCCGAAAGUUAGCGCCGGUUUCUUGACUCCGGGAUUUAUGGGGCUGUAUAUAGUGUUCCUAUGCUGGUCUGCCAUUCAUAGUGAACCAGCAGACGACAAAUGUUUAAGGAAUUCUGAAGCUUCAAGAGACUGGCUAACUAUCAUCAGCUUUGUUGUUGCAUUACUUGCAAUGGUGAUCGCUACGUUCUCGACAGGAAUCGAUUCCAAAUGCUUUCAGUUUCGAAAGGAUGAAAAACAUGAAGAAGAUGAUGUUCCUUAUGGUUUCGGAUUCUUCCAUUUUGUUUUUGCCACGGGAGUUAUGUACUUUGCAAUGCUAUUAAUUGGUUGGAGUUCUAAUCACACCAUGAAAAAGUGGACAAUUGAUGUUGGUUGGACCAGUACUUGGGUCAGAAUAGUAAACGAGUGGCUCGCAGUCUGUGUCUACUUGUGGAUGCUCGUUGCACCGAUCAUAUGGAAAAGUAGACAGGUGGAGGAGCCAAGAUAAGCGUAUUCAAAGAAGACGACUGAUCAUGUUUGUUUAACAUAAUUUACACAGAAACAAAUGAUAUAGAAGCGCAAGAGUUCGACGUAUAUUUUUGUGAAGAAAUGACACAUUCAUGGUGUUAAACUCAAGUCUUUGUUCACUAAUCUCUUACAAAAAAGUGAGAAGCAUAGGCAUGCAUGCCAAUUCUUGAGUUAUAUGGCAACCAAUUUUGUAAAUUUUAUGAUCUUUUAAAUACAUGACGAAAGGCAAAUGGCGAGUUAAUGCCGUUUAUGUAAACACUCGCUAUUCAUCAUCUUCGUUUGUAUGCGUUAAUAGUUUAAAACUAAAACAAGCCAAUUUAGGAUG